AUGGCGUCAGGGAUCAAUUCUGGAACAUUUUUCCAGAGACAGUACCGAAGUGACGGUAGUUAUCAGCUUAAUUCACGACCUACUAACGUGGUUGCUUCUUCCUACCAUCAAGGUUCUUCUCAUUCUCCUUUAGCAGGCUCUUCGGUGCUAUCUGGUGAUCAAUAUCCGGAGAUGAUCGACGAUACCUCUGCUCAUGGUGCGAAGUUCACGCAUACUAGAAGUACCAACACGCGUCUUAACGCCAAUAUAAAAACCCACGGGCCCUCCUUACAUCAUCCCCAUAAUGGAAUCGGAUCCUACCAGAAUUAUCAAGGGUACCAACCCCCUCCUCAAACACCUUUCGAUCUUUCCUAUGGGGUAUCGCUACUUCCGUCGCAUUUACUGGUGAGUUCGCCGUACCUCGCGUCCCCACAGCAUACGCCAAGGCGCCAUAACCCAAUACCCCUAAGUUCAUAUAGAUCUUUUCCACUGCGUAUGCCUCCCGGCAAUGAUAGGCGUAAAUUGCGUAACAGUGAAAGCUACUGUCGUGAGGACGGCGUGCGUCAGAUUCCAUUCCAGAUUAUGUUUGAGGUCUUACCUCCCACUGUGAUAGAUGAUGAAUCAAGAACGCCCUCACUGCUGUUCUCAAACGUAUCACCUGAGUUGAGCUUGCACGACUUUUUGACCAAGUUUGAUGACAGUGAAAGGGUUGAAAGUCUUUUUCGAGUGGAUGCUGAACAACAAUCCAUUAUAGUGAGCUUUUUAACCCAAGAAACAUGCUUGGACUUCUACAACGGAGUUUUGCAAAAGCUCUUCGAUUUCAAGAAAGAAUUACAGUCGCCUAGACUUUCUCUCAGUUUCGUUCGGUUGGAAGAUCCUAUGUCAGGGCCCACUAUGCAUGAUGUUAAAUUCGAAGUUUUGAGAGUUGGUGCAACGAGGUCUCUGGCUCUAGAGUUUUCAUCAGAGAUCACUUCAAAAUCCUUGUUUGAAAACUUAGCAUUUCUCAACAACCGGGGGCCACGAUACGUUGUUGAAUGCAUUGAGAUUGUAAACACUGAAAAGGUUUCCAAGAACUUUGGGAGUCAUUAUGCAAUCAUUCACUUUAUCAGCAUUGCUAUGGCCAUUGAGACUCUUGAAUAUUUGAAAGUCCAUCAGCGUUCUGUUCCUGAUCUACAAAAGUUCUUUUAUAUUAGUAGGGCGUUAAACUCCAUGACUUCGGAGUUACAUACCCUGUCAAGCUCCCAAUUAAGAGAACCAAAGUCUCCAUCAACGUCAAUCUCAACAUUAUCCCUAGGGAGAGAUAGUACGCCACUGGCAUCAAAGAAAAUUAGAGAAACCAUCACUAUUCAUCCCACUUCUUAUGAUCCACCCUAUGUGCAGCUUCACACACAACAUCUGCCUCAUUACACUGCAUCUAAACCACUCAGCAUGGAGUCGGUAAACGGUUCGUCGACUACUAUUGCAUCACCAGCGCCUCAGGAAGUGCUGAUCAAUGACAUCGAUGACAUCUCCUCUUGCGGCAGCAUGGUUUCCAUAGUUCCUAAUCAAACUGGCAGUCAUGCUUAUCCAAUGGGUGGCUAUCCUUAUUACAUGGACAUGACCAAACCCUUGGGACAAACAUUGCAACAACAAUAUUGCACGGCCGCCCAGUUUGCCACGACUAUGGGUGGAGGCUUGGGCAACCGAACAGUUUACAUUGGCAAUAUUAACCAGCGCUCUAAAGUUGAAGAUGUUUGCAACGUUGUGCGUGGAGGAUUGCUUCAAAAGGUCAAAUUUAUUGCAUCGAAACAAAUUUGUUUCUUCACGUUCAUUGAAGCUGCUGCAGCUGUCCAAUUUUUUGCUAAUGCUUCUAUUGAGCCAAUUGUCCUUCACGGUAACGUUUUGAGAGUUGGUUGGGGACAUCAUUCGGGUGAUCUCCCCAAGUUCAUUUCGUUAGCUGUUACAGCAGGUGCCAGUAGAAACGUUUAUGUUAGUUUGCCAGAACAUGCAUUCAAAGACAAGUUCAUCAAAGACCCUGAGUACCAAACUCAUAAAGAGAAAUUUAAACUUCCGUCAAAGGAGGUAUUACUUCAAGACUUUAGAAAAUAUGGCGAAAUUGAGCAAAUAAAUUUUCUGCCAGAUGGACAUUGCUGCUGGAUUAAUUUUAUGAACAUUCUCCACGCUAUCAAAUUAGUGGAAGAUGCCAAUAACAUGAACAAUGAAAAAUCUUUCCAUGGUAGGUACGGAGAAAGAUACCGGGGACUCAUAGUUGGUUAUGGUAAGGAUCGCUGCGGCAACGUUAACAAAAAUCUCGUCGCCAACAAAAAUUCCAAGCAUUAUAAAAAGGUGAAAAAAACGAGCUAUAAAAUUAGGAUGCACAAGCAACAAAGCAAGAAACCUUCUGAUUUAAGGGAAAAUGAGGACAGUGGAAUUGGCAACAGAGCUUUACCGACGGAUGCUUUCGGAAUCAUAGUGCCUAAACCUAAAACAAGUGUCGGAGAUUCAGACGUAGAAGAGGGCGAAAAUUUGCGCAUGAGUAAUAGUCACAUAGAAACAGAAGAUGGGGGGUUGGGUAUUUCAGUCCGUCAAAGCUCACCCGAGCUUGACAGCAAUGCCGAUAGUCCACUCCGAGAACCAGCGGAAGGUGACUAUGGCUCCUCUGAUUCGUCGGACGUUGAUAUCAUAGUCUCUGCACCCAACUCUGCUGGACACUCCCAACUUAGGGACAAUAACAAGAGCUUCAAAAAACAGCCACACUACUUUCCCGACACUCAACAGGAUUAUGGUUCGCGAGCAUUUACUGGGCUUUCGCCGAUGGAUUCAAGCACAUCGCUGGACGCUGUACCACCAUUGGCGCCCUCAACUGUUGGUCGCCUGUAUCACGCGGCUACAAGAAAAUCUUCAAACAAAACCGUCCGUGACGGCAACAGUAGUGUCGUCGUCGAUCCGCUACCAGAAGUGUGCCCUAGUCGUUCCUCAAUUCCGCCGGGUUCCCGUCGUAGAAAGUCAAAAGCCAUUCCGGGAUCCAACGUAAUGGCCCAAUACUUGGCUCAACUGCAGCACUCUACCUUUAUGUAUGCUGCCAAUAUUUUGGGCGUAGAGGAUGGUGAUCCGCAAGUAUACUACGACGAAAAUGGGGUCGCUGAUCCUCUAAUUUAA